AUGGGAUGGAAGCCUGGACAGACUCUUGGAAAGAAAAAUAAUGGAUUACAAAAACCUAUAAACAUCAAAGGACAAUUGAAUCGUCAUGGAGUUGGAUAUGAAGAUAUUGAAAAAGAUUUAGUUAAGUUAUUAAAAAUUAAGUCAGAGUUGCCAAGAACUGAAUUGUAUGUUCAAACAGUGUUUGAAACUAAUGAUGAUGUUGAUUAUCAAAAGGAACUUAUAGGGAGUAUGAGAUCUGAAAUUGAUAUAACUUUAUAUAAUGAACAAUUUAUAGCAUUACUUGAUACUGGAAGUGAUAUUGAUAUAGCACCGGAAACUUUAACGAAACUUCCUAAAGACGUUUCACUUGCUGUAACAAACAUCGCUGAGGGCAUUCCGGCUAAAUCUUUGACAAUAGUAAGAGGAAACUCGACUAAUAUCAGGUCUUGCGAUAUUUUUGAACUAAUUUGUCGUCUAAAUGAUAAUAAUAUACAAGUAGUAAAUAUGGAUCUAACCACAGAAGAGAAUAAAUCAUCAUUUUUCAAAUUUCUAAAGAAAGGUCUAGAUACUUGGAAUGAACGAACAAGCCUCAUAUUCUGUCAGCCAAAUGAAUGCGAAAAUUUACUUCUAGAGUUUACCAUUAAUAAUUUCAUCCAUCGAUCGAUUCUCUACAUAUUUUAUUGGCCUGUCGGUGAAAUCAGUCUGAGAUUCAGAGGUGCUAUGAAAGAAGCGAUGAGAGUGGCUGUUAUUACAAACCCCAGGGAAAGUGUGUUCAGAAUAUACUAUAACCAGGCAACUCCAAACCGACUGAACCAUCUUGGCUUAGUUAACUGGUGGGCAGGUAAAAUAUACAGGUUACCUGUCCUACCGCCAGCUAAUAUUGUUUACAAAAACUUUCAAGGACGCGUCUUUAAUGUACCUGUGUUACAUGCACCUCCGUGGCACUUUGUCAGAUAUAAUAACAACUCAACAGUCGAAGUAACUGGAGGCCGUGAUGACAAAUUAUUAGCCUUAAUAGCAAAGAGGUUAAAUUUCAGAUACAAAUAUUACGAUCCGCCUGAAAGAAGCCAAGGAUCAAGUAUUUCUGUUAACGGUACAUUUAAAGGAACUCUUGGAUUAAUUUGGAAACGGAAAGCGGAUUUUUUCAUCGGAGAUGUUACAAUAACUUGGGAGCGAUUGCAAGCCGUGGAAUUCUCUUUCGUAACUCUUGCGGAUUCUGGCGCUUUCCUAACUCACGCGCCCGCCAAGCUGAGUGAAACUCUAGCAAUAAUAAGACCUUUUAGAUGGGAAGUGUGGCCUUUAGUCUUCGCUACAUUACUGAUCACCGGACCUGCGUUGUGGAUUGUGAUUGCAGCGCCAACUUUCUGGCAACGUCGACGUCAAAAUCAACUCGGGCUAUUCAAUGACUGUUGUUGGUUCACAACUACACUCUUUUUAAGACAAUCUUCAAGUAAAGAACCAUCCAGUACUCAUAAAGCUCGCUUAGUAUCAGUCUUAAUUUCCCUCGGUGCAACCUACGUGAUCGGAGAUAUGUACUCAGCGAACCUCACCAGUCUACUCGCCCGGCCGGCUAGAGAGCAACCGAUUGGCACACUUGAAGGUCUAGAAGAAGCGAUGAGAGAUAGAAAGUAUGAACUGGUGGUAGAAAGGCAUAGUUCUUCUCUCACUAUUUUAGAGAAUGGUACUGGUGUGUACGGACGCUUAGCCAAACUGAUGCGUCGUCAGAAAUUGCAACGUGUCCGUAGCGUAGAAGUUGGAGUGAGGCUCGUACUUGCUCACAAGAGAAUCGCCGUGCUCGGGGGGAGAGAAACUUUGUAUUACGACACUGAACGUUUUGGAUCUCAUAAUUUUCACUUGAGUGAAAAGUUAUACACUAGAUAUUCUGCUAUCGCGCUGCAAAUCGGAUGUCCCUACCUCGAAACUUUUAAUGAUGUGAUCAUGAAUCUCUUCGAAGCAGGAAUUCUAGCAAAAGUAACGAAAGACGAAUACAAGAACCUUCCAGAACAAUCGAGAAGAUCUGAACCGGUUACUGAAAGUGACAAAGAGAAUGCGGACGUAACGGGAGAUUCUGUUGCUAACUCUCAAAUGCAAUCAGAAUCUACAAUUGGCCUAGAACCAGUCUCACUUGUGAUGCUUCGGGGAGCGUUUUGUCUUUUAGGAAUUGGCUAUCAUUUAGCCGCAGUAACUUUAAUCGUUGAAGUGCGUAUUCAUCGCAGAAGUAACACCGUUAUAGAAGAUUCUAGAAAACAACUGUCAAAUCAGAAUAGAAUUAGAAAAUGUGUCAUUUGUUUUAGAGGAGGUUUCAGAAAGGUCCUGAGAGGCAUUUAUUAUCACAUCGAUAAGGCUUUUGGUCCUGAGUAA